AUGUUUAGACUUUGUGCCCUUUUUGCGUUCGUGCUUGCCGUGACAUGUCAGGACGAGUCCGAGGAAACGCUCAAUCUGGAGGAUUUCGAAGCUGUCUUCGGUGAACACGAAGUCGAGCUCAAUGGAGAGAUUGCCGGAGUGCUGCCCAGUGGUUUUGACAGUGGGAAUAUGGAAUAUUUGCAUGGUUUCUUGAAGAGAAAAAUUGGCGAAGAGACGAAGAUUAGUUACCGUCCUCAUUUGGAGGAAUUAGCCCGCGGAUACCUCUCGUGCACGGAAUCGAAGAGUCCCGAACUCUGUAAGGAAGGCCUUGAAGAUGAAAAUCUGUUGCAGUGGACCUGGUUCGGCGAUGCUGAUUCGCCACAGAAAUUCUUGGAAGAGCUUGCUCGGGAUAAGGAAGAAGAUGGUGGUUCAAAUUUGAGCAAGGCAAUUGAGUUAGUAAAAGAGGGCCAUGUGCUGUUAGUUGGAUGUGCGUAUCUUCACGAUACAAAGCUCCGCAGUACUGGAGGAGAAGAGAAAAAGCAAGAGGAGGGAGAUGUACUACACGGGACCGGAGACCUUGCAUGUUUUUUCAAAUGA